GCGCUGCAGUCCCCAGAUGACCUCUUCUCCCUCUUUGCCUCCCUGCACUCGUGUGUGGCGCGCAGCACCUCCCCUCCGCGCCACCGGGCUGCAGCAGCAGCGUCGCCCGACUGCCAGCCUGUCACCCGUGGCAGUGCCCUCGGCCUCUUCCUGCGCUCGCUGUUGCUCUCCUUCCACCACCUGCCCUUCCAGCUCUCGCAGCACAGGCAGCACAGGCAGCAUGGAUGAGCAGGCGGGCAGGCGGGAGAGCACAGGGGAGGCAUCACAUGGGGAGUGGGGGUUAGGGGAGGAGAGGGGGGAUGCAGGGGAGGAAAUGGAGGUAGACGUGGGGGUGGGUGUGGGAGUGGAUGGGGGUGCAAGUGUGGGCGUGGAGGGAGGGGAACCCUGCGUUGCCCAACAGCCUCUGUCCUUCGAUACUGUCACACACCGCAGAAGAACGACCCAUGAAGGCACGC